AAGAUUUACUUGAAUACAUGCUAAUAGCCAGAGUAGAUGAUGCGCCUAUAAACCCACUACUACUGCUAUAUUGUUCCCAAUCUUUUUGACAAUUUAUAUUUCAGCACUAGUUCGUGCUAAGCGUAAGAACAAAAGCGGCGUUGGAAUCUUAUUUUACCGUGAUCGUAUACAUGAGUCUCUUUAGUGCUCAUCAAGAUCAUGUAAGUUGGCAGGUGGUGUUAAAGGAGCCAGCCCGGUUUGUUAUACGCUCCUUAGUUCAUCAACCCUUCAGAUGUCUGAAUAGCAACACUGCUAGUAUAACCAAAGUGCAUCGUAAAAUUUAUGCUCGGUUAUAUCCGACUGCAGUCAUUUUACCAGAUGGUUCAAGCUUCGGUAUUCGUUAUCAUGAGCCAAGAAAGAUCAUUAAGUUACCACUUGACCUUUCAACGUUAAGUGAAGCGGAGCGUAUAGCUAGAUUAGAACGAAGAAAACCAAAGAAGAAAGUCAAGAUCGAGGAAGAUAUUGAAGAUGAUUUUGAUGCCAGACAGUAUGUUCAUCUGCUAAAGCAAUGAACAGAUAACAAACGCAUACAAGUUGUUGAUGUAAUAUAAAAAUUAUAAUACAAAUUCGUGUGAUGAAUACCCAUGUCAUUUGAGAAUCCACAGAACUGACCUUCUUGAAUAUUUUGUUCCCACUUCAUUGAACAUUGUACUUGAUUGCUUAGCACAUGAA